AUUCCAUUAUACUUCGUCCGUAUCCUGUUGCACCUGUACGGUAUGGAAGACAACUGCAUCUUGAAUGUGAAACCAACAACGACUGGAUAUCUUUGUCUUGGCGAAAAAAUGUCCAAACCUAUGAAUUCGUCUUCAAUCAAAACAACUGCAACACGAUAACAAAUGGGGAUUUUCUGAAAGCCACAUGUGAAAAACGGGAGAAUAUCACCUUUUCAUCUUUAAUUGAUGUUAAUCCUAAAAGGAAUGAUACAUGGGAAUGUCUGGCUGUGUUUUCUGGGAAUGAGAUUCGACAAAAUCGUACCAAAGUCGAUAUUAUUGGUCCAUACGUAGAGUUGUCUAAUCAGACAGAUGUGCUGUACGGAGACCCUGCUGAACUUAACUGUACAAUGGACCCCAAAUGGAGCAGAUGUACAUGGAAAAAGUCAGAUAAUGACCAAGAAAUACUUUCAGUCACAUCAUGUACAAAUAAAACUACUUCGAAUUAUUAUCUUUUAUGCACAGGCAAUAAUAUUAUUUUGCACGUUAAAUUCCCAGUCCAUCUUUCCUCUUAUGAGUGUAUAGGAUUUUACUAUACCGACAAUGGUUUGAUUUCACCGAAAGAAGAGACUACAGUUGUCAUAUAUGCAGAGCCCCCUUCUCUUCAAAUAUCAUCUAAACCAUUGAACCCAAUAGAACAUUAUGAUUUUGAGCUUCAGUGUAUCGCAACAGGCCGACCAAUGCCGACUACUUCUUGGAUCAUAACUUCAGACUCAGAAAUAGAACAAGGUUCAGGGAAAAGUAAAAUUCAGUUUCAUAACUUGAAAAGAACGGACAGUAUAGAGAUAACAUGUAGAGCAACAUCUUCUUACUUGAACAAGACAAUGAAAGCAGAGAUCAAAUACAACAUGACAGUGUUGUACCCACCAGAAGCAAGAAUCAUAGGAAAGAUGGUUAAUCAAAGUGACAAUAUUCAAUUAAAAUGCCUUGUAGAGAUUGGGCAACCUGCAAAGUAUAACGUGACAGGAUGGGAACACCGAGUAGAAGGAAUAUUAAUUAGAACAAUAAACAUUACUGAUAAUCAUUUGAAUUUCACUAAAAUUUCAAUAUUUGAUACGGGACAGUAUUCUUGUUUUGUGUCAAAUGGCAUAACGGAUGGAGACGGUGACAUUCUAAUUAAAGGAACUGGAAAUCUGUCUGUGCAUGGUUCACCGUACAUCGUAGCAGGAUUGAAAUUAUAUGAAUUAAGAAUUAGUGAGGAUGUAAAAAUAGAAGUAACAGUCCUCAGCUUUCCGCCGCUGGAACACGCGAGGUUAUCCAAAAGGGGAUCAACAGCAAGAAUUGACAUGAAUUUACACAGUUAUAUGUCCUAUAUCAGCUUCCAUGGUGUCGAUGUUUCAUUACCAGUGCAAAAUGCGACUUAUUCAUUCAGUGUCACGACAGAAAAAAUAGGGCAAUACACAAUAGAACUGGAAAACGGAUAUUUUACAGAAAACUUCUACUUUGAGAUUAAGAGUGAUGGUUCAAAUUCACCAGGUAGCCAAUACGAACAACCAUUCAAAGAAUCGAAAAGGGAAAAGCGAUAUGUAACGUUAGACAAACAACGUUUGCACGAUGACGGAAGAUACCUCACUCCAGUGAAGACAGAUAUUGAAAGAAGUAACACAGACUCAAGAAAGAAUAAGAACACUGGUCAAAGUAGUUGUACCAAAAAGAGUGAACAGCAGACGGAAGCAAGCAGCGGUUAUGUAGAAUUGACUCAUCACUAUGAGGAAAUUGGAACGGAAAAUACUGAGAAUGGCAAUCGUUAUGAAACAAUAAAAGAUCCAUCAAAUAAAAUACAGAGAAAACAGACAGAUUUAGUAGAAAGCAAUGAUGGAAAUGCUGAUCUUAAAACCAAAGAAAAUAUUUCAAGAAAACCUGACCUGCCACCAAGAGGCGACAAAAAUAAGGUCUCGGAAGAAGAAACAUUUUCCAAUACUGACUCGAACGUACCUAAUAUCUCAUCAGAUGCUGACCAUGACAGAAAAGAAAAUCCAGAUAAUAAAAACUCAUCAGAUUUUAAUGCUACGAGUCUAGAUAAUCAAAAGGAGAGGACAAAAAGACCAGAACAUGAAGUUUCUACUGCUUUAGAAAAUCCAGAUAAUGAAAAAUCGUCAGAUUUUUAUACUUCAAGUUUAGAUACAAGUAAUUCAAAAGAGAAGACAAAAGGAGCAAAACAUGAACUUUCAACUGUUUUAGAAAAUCCAGAAAAUGAAAAAUCGUCAGAUUUUUAUUCUUCGAGUCUAGAUAAUCGGAAGGAGAAGACAAAAAGACAGAAACAUAAAGUUUUUACUAUUCCAGGUAGUGUACAAUUCAUGGGAAACUCCAUGAUGCCUUCGGCUUUUAAAUGA